AUGUCGGGUGAAAGACGACGAAGUAGUAUCGGUGGUAAUAUGAUGCUAGUGCUGUUAUCCCUUUUAGGGGUUUGCAUCCUUUUCGGUAGCAGCGCGGAAGCCUUUGAAAAUGGUUUAAAAUUCAAACAAACCAAAUACACAGAGUGGUCAAAGAAUAUCACAUAUCAGAGCAAGACCAGCUAUAAUGCCCGCGGCAUGAAACCCCUCUAUGAGAUCAGCCACAAAGUAAUGUGGUUUUUGAUAGGCGGUGAAGAUCCUAUACCGGAUGGUUAUUUUGAGUUGAAAGAUGGUCAGGUGUUGAAGGGACCCAAAGCCGAACGCAAUGAAUGGGGCGAUUUGGUUUUGCAUUAUUGGCCCAUAUUGUUGAUUGUACUUUUGGUGGCCAUAUUGGUGGCCUCAAUGCCCAUUAUAGGUUUAUGUUUUUGCUGUUGCCGUUGCGCUGGAGCCUGUGGUGGCCGCUCAGAACCAUUUGACAAAAAACACGAUACCUGUCGACGAGUUUUUCUUGGUUUCUUGUUAAUAUUGUUGGCGACGGGUAUAUUAUUUGGUGUUAUUGUUGCAUUUGCCACCAACAGCUACAUGCAAUUUGGCAUUGAUGAUGGCACUACAGCUGUACGGGCCGGCAGUAAGGAUACACAAAAAUUCUUGUCCGUAACAUCGGAACAAUUGGAAUAUGUUUUGGUGAAUAAUUACAAACAGUUGUCGGAUCAUUUGGAAGAUAUACUAAGAACCACUUCCGAUUAUAUUAUAACAAAUCUGGAACAACAAUCCAAGGCCAUUUCCGUUAGUCGCCUAACAGAGUUCUUAGAGAAAUUACCAAGUUUGAAAAAUAAAUUACAACAAAUGAAAACAAUAACAAAUGAUUUGAGAGUCUAUGCAUCGCAGUUAAGUGAUGGUUUACGUGGUGUCAAACGUGAUUUGUUGGUCAUGUUAAACAAAUGUUCCGAUCAAUCGUGCAAAGAUGUUUUGAACCGCUAUGAAAUUGGAAAGUUAGAUGCAAAUGGCAUCCAUUAUGAUCAGCUUCCCGAUGUCAGCAUUAUCAUUGAUAAUUUGGAUCAGUUAAUAAACGAUAAUAUUGCCUCGGCUGGUGAAAAGGGUAGCAAUGCCCUAAAACAAAUGCGUUCCCAUCUCAAUAAUACCAUUGCCAGUUAUACACCACAAAUUAUUGAAUCUAUCAACAAGGCGGGCGAAGGCCUCCAAAAGGUUUCCAAUGACAUUAAAACCGAAUUGGAUAAGGUUUCCAAAAUCAUCGAUACAAAUACAAAUAAAUAUACAAAUAUAGCUGAUAAUUAUUUAGUUGAAUAUGGACCAUAUCGUUUUUAUGUGGGCAUUGCCGUAUGCUCCAUUUUGUUGUUGGUAUUGGUUUGCUUGGUGGCAGCUUUGUUAUGCGGCAUCUGUGGCAAACGUCCCGAUGGUUAUGGUGAUGAUUGUUGUAAUAAGGGCUCUGGUUCCAGAUUCCUGAUGUUUGCUGUUGCUAUUAUAUUUUUGACAAUAUCGGGUAUAACCAUAAUAGCUUUAGUACAUUUCUUAAUUGGCAUUGUGACCUAUCGUGGUGUCUGUGUACCAUUAAGAAAUCCCCAAGACGAUGCUGUAUUUGCUGAAUUUGAUAAUUUAAUUGACUUGAACGAAGUCCUCUAUCCAUCGAAAAUCAAGGGACAAGCUGCCUCCGGUUCUCUGCCACCAUUCCACAUCUCACAUGUCAUUGUGGCAUGUCAAAAGAAUCAAACAAUUUACGAAGUUCUACACAUUAACAACAUGGUCGACAUUAAUGCGAUUAAAGAAUAUCCUGCCGAUUAUAAAAUUAAUAAGACUCUUGACGAUCUCGUCAAUGGCAUCGAUUUUAACGAUAGCAACGUUGAUAUCCUAUCACCCGCCGAUAAACAACGUAUCCUUGAAUUGGGACAGUCUGCCCUGAAAGACUUUGAUUCCGAUCAAUUUGUACACAAUCUAAACGACGAUAUAACGAAACAUUCUCUAACCGAAAUCGCCCAACAACUACGUGAAACUGCCAAAAAGAUCACAAGUUCUGAUAUGAAAGAUGUUCAGAUUUCGUUGCGUAACCAGGCAUUGCAUUUAGAGACAUACGAACAGAAUUUGGUGAUACCAAUGAAAACCCAAUCGGCUGAGUUGAUAAAACUGGCCAAGGAGUUGGAUAGUACAUUGACCUAUAAAGAACAGAAAUUCCAACAAUCAAUACCGUUGUUGGUGACAGAAAUUGAACAAGCUCAAACAUUCAUUCGCAAAGAUGGUCGUAAUUUUGUAAAGUCAUCUGCGGAAACUUUCACUAAUCAUUUUGCUGGGGAAAUCGAUCGUUAUUUGAAUAUGGUCGUCAAUGCUGUGGAGAAUAAGAUUGGCAUCUGCUAUCCCAUGGCGAAUGUUUAUGAAGCUGGUAUUGUGGCGGCAUGUAAUAGUAUUAUUGAUCCACUGAAUGGUUUCUGGGCUGGCGUAUUCUGGUGUGUCCUCUUGUUCUUGCCCACAUUAAUUGUGGCCGUUAAAUUAUCUAGUUUGUAUCAAAAAUCCGAUCCCUAUCCAGGCCCCUUGGUUGAAUCGGAGUAUUUAUAUGAUGCAUACAGUGAACGUGAUCACAUUCCAUUAUCAAAUGGUCCAAAAAAUAAACGACGCAAGAACAAAGAUCGCCGACGUCGUGAUUAUUACGAAGAUCCAAUAGUUUCAACAUCGCAUGGAAUACCACCAGCUGGAGCUGGGGUACGUGAUACACGCUACAGUGAUAUGGCGCCUAAACACUGGGAUGGCGGACCACCACGUUAUCAAAACCCACCAAUGGCACCACCAGCCUCCGAAUAUGAACGCCCACCACCAUAUUAUUAUCCGGGCGCCUCAGAUCAGGACUAAGUGAUCUAUAUUGAAAUUCAGUUUUAAGCUGAUGU